UAAAUUACAGUAAGCUGUAAGCUAAGUGUUUAAACCAGGCCACCAUUUUCAAGAGCUAAUUAAUGAUGGCCACCACCAUGGUAAUUAAAACAGCUUUAUUCACCAUCUUGCUGUUUUACAUGUGCAGCACCUCAGCCGAAGCUGGGCCUGCUGCAGCUGGAGUUUGCUAUGCAGGCUGCGCCGCAGUUACAGUGGCUUGUUUUGCAGCUGCUGGAUUUACAUUCGGAACUGUUCCAGGAGCUGUUAUCGCAGCAACUCCAGCAUUAGCCGCGUGUAACGCGGCUUUUGGAGUAUGUGAAGCUGCCUGUAUGGCUGCUUUAUUCAUGCCAACACCGUAAAAAUUUCAAUACCUAUACUUACUUUGUAUCUAAUGAAUUAAUCACAAUUGAAUUGUCAAUUUUCAAGGAAUAAAUGCAUCUAUAUUAUAUUGUAUUAUGUACUUGUUUGUGUUUUAUUUUUUUUUUUGAAAUAACUUAUCGAGUUAUAGGUACAUACUUACGUACUAUUCACAAGAUAAGUAAGUAGGUACCUACCUAC